GAACCGUACGACGUGUUUCUUUCUUCUUCUUUUUCUGUUUCUGCUUCUCUUCUCUCUCUGUAUCAUUUCUGAACUGCAUGCACCGUAAGAAUCAACUACCAACUUCAGGUAUUUGCUUUAUCUGUCAUCCUCCACCGGAAAACUUUAACUAUAGGAUGAUAUAUAGAGGGCCAAGGGCCCCUUGUUUCUUGUUUGGUUUUGUCUGUAUUUUGUUCUUGGCAGUUGUGCGCUUCCCUGUCAGUUUUGGCCAUGUCUGAGAUUAGAAACAGGCGCAUAUUGUAUGAAGUUGUUUGGUGGGUGUGAUCUGACAAGAGUCUGGCAUGAUUGAUUGUUGGGAGUUGUUCUGCUUCAGAGGUUCUGGUUUUGAAUGCCCCUGGUCGUGAAGUUUAAGCUUUUUGCUGGAAAUGAAUGCCCAGAAAAUGGAAUGCUUCAAGCAGAGAAAUGGAGUAGUAAGCGACAUUCCUUAUCAGAAUCUUGAUCUUCAUCAAUACCCAGAUGUUCAAACCAGGCAGCUGUGCAAUUUGGGUGCUUGUAUCCCAACCUCAUCUCCAUAUGAUGCAAUGAGUCUGAUGGAUCCAGAACAGAGUAGUGCUCAUUCUCACGAGUCAAUCCAAUUCUUGGGAGACCAUUUGCCAAAUAGAAGUGCCGCUUCCACUUCAAGAUUGCGUCCACCUUAUCUCGUGAAUUCUAAUCAAUUUGGAUCACCACAGCUCGUUUGUGAAUCGAUCGACAACUUCUCGGAGUUCGGCCAUGGCGGUCAUCAUCAGGGAUACAAUUCUCUGCCAGGCGAAUUGCCAAGAAAUUCAUUGCAGAUGCAUUUCUCUGAACUUAUGCAACCGGAAGUGUCUUCUGAUGCAGGAAAGGCAUAUGAUUUUAAAAGUAAUAACUCUUUGCAGCCCAUGUCGCAGUUAAGCUCAUACUAUGGUAACCAUCAUCCAUCCGUGGCCCCAGUUUGUGAGGUAAACGAGAACAACAGUUCUAAAUGGAACGAGUUAGAUCUGAACCUACAGAGACAGACCCCUCAAUUGGAGACAAACCUUGUCAACAUGAGCUCUCAAGGAAACUGGAAGCAUGAGGGACGUGGAGAAGUGUUGGAUUGGAGUGAGAAUAAAUUUGGUGGUGUUCAAAACUCCAUUAGAACGGCAUCAUCUAGGCCAUUAUCUGCUGGAAGCAAAACACGAAUGAGAUGGACUCAGGAUCUUCAUGAACAGUUCGUCAAGUCUGUAAAUCGCCUCGGUGGUGCUGAAAAAGCAACCCCAAAAGGGAUUUUGAAGUUGAUGAACUCAGACAAGUUGACAAUUUUUCAAGUGAAAAGCCAUUUACAGAAAUAUCGAAUGGCUAAGGGCUACCCAGAAUCUGCAGUAGAUACACUUGCUACUAGUACUUCGAGUGAUGGCACGCCACAGAUGGACAUGAAAAGUGGCAAACAUAUCGCCAAGGCAUUGAGACUUCAAAUGGAUGUUCAGAAGCUACUGCAUGAACAACUAGAGGUGCAACGGAAUCUACAAGUGCGCAUUGAGGAGCACGGGAAGUAUCUUCAGAAAUUAUUAGAGCAGCAGCAGAAGUGCAGUAGGAGGCUGUUUGCAAGCCAAGAGAAGGAUGCUGCCGGUUCGGAUGAACUGUCAGAUGUCAUUGAGGACGCCGAGGAAUCAUGCAAAGAUGGCCCGCAAGAUGUUCAGUCUGUAGAGACCAUCGAAACUCUAAAGCUCGAUAUGCAUGGAAGAAGCACAAGCGGAGAUCUGUAGACUCAAAUUCUCAUGUACCAUCAAGGGCUAGGGAAUUGCUUCUGGAAUAACUUUUUCCAAGCCAUUUUUUCGGCACUAUUUUACGUGGCUUUCCUCAUUUUGA